UUUAUUUCCCCGAAUUCGAUGCGAGAAAUUACAGUAUAAUUUCUUAAUUUUAUUGUGAAAAUCACGUUAUACCUCUUUAAGAAAAUGGACAUUCUUCGUCCUAAAACAGUUCCCCUCUCAGAGGAAACCAUUUUAUGGUUUGAAUUUCUCUUAAAGCCGAACUUGCUUACCAAACAUUUGUCCAAGGCAUUGCCCGAUCCAUCACCUACGGAACUAAUAACGCAGUUUCUAUCGAUUGCCCCGGAAAACCAGAACCAGAACGAACUCAACUCACCGGAAGCAGACAGCAUGAACAAGAACGAAGGACUCAAGUACAGCAAGAAGCAACUGGCGCUGAAAGUUUUGGCGCUCAAGGUGGCAGCCUUUUUGAGAUGGGAUUUGGAUGUAUUGGAAAAUAAUCUCCCAUUGCAAAGGCAGGUCCAGUUGCUGAGUGAUUUGUGCAGCGUAACUGCUGGAAAGGCAGUUAAUCUGCCGCUUUCGUUAGUACAUGAAUGUCCUAUCAUUGGUCCAGAAGGAUCCAAACAUUCGCUGAACUUUGCCCUAACUCUAUACCAUCGCUGGGUAUUGAGGGCGCAGGUUAUUCGAGGAUCCGCUGCAAAGUGCAUGAAACCCUUUAAUCUGGUUGCUGGAGUGCCAGACACCACUCCAUACUCGAUGAGGGACGAUUCUUUCAUUAAUUCACUAGAACCUUUCACCAACAUCAGCAUCGAUUUCUUGAAUCAGGUCCUAGUCGAUUCUGAACCGUUUAGAAUUCUGACGUAUGAUUCUUUUGUUGCACUGGAUGCGCACGUUGACGGAGUUCAGCAGCGUUUCGAUACGGCUCUGGUGAUAUCUAAGGUGGAGUUGAAAGCCCAAAUUCACUACGAUCUGUGCCUAUUGUAUCUGUACGUGCAGAAAUACGAACUGGCCAAGCAGAACAUUCUUCUGAGCAAAGAUAAUUUUGAACAACUUAAGCAAGAGUAUAGCAAGAAAACAUCGAAAACGUUUCUCUACUGCAGUGUAGAUGAGGAACAACUGUAUGGGUACAUGCUAGCGUGUGGAGUAACUGGUGAACCGAAUGGAUUACUUCAGCGCUUGAAUGAAUCCGUUGUUAAUCAUUAUUCCGAUAUCGUUGUUAUUCUGAAGGAGGACAACAUUAGACGAGAGAUUCCCAUGACACAGAGAAAAACGUUGGAGUUGAAUGUGGAAGGGUACGUGUCGAUGGGUAGCCCGGAGUCUCACGCUAACGAUCAGAAGGAACUGGAAUUGGCGGUAGUGGCGUUAAACGUGAUUCGUCAUGUGUUGGAUGGUGAUGAUAUACUUGGUUCGAACAUAGCUUUACAGAAGUACAAGCAGCAGCAAUUAAAGCUUCUGGAGCUAAUGUUGCAGUAUGGAGAUGAGCAGUUUGAGGAAUUCAGCCUAUCGGAUCGAGAAGUGUUGAAGAAGUACUUUAUUCAGACAAUCAGUUUGAUGAACAACGCGAAUGGGAUAGAGCCGGUGCUGAAGACCUACCAAAAGCUUAUUUCUUUCCAAGAGUAUGAGGAUUUAAAGAAGCAAAAAACGAAGGACGACGUGCAAUUUACAGGAAUUGGAGUUCUAGCCGACUGGACUGUUUGUGAGUCUAAAAUGUUACGACUAGAUGUUGGUACUUACGAACGUCAACUGAUCACCUGUACCCAUGCGAGUGGUGUGCGCAAAAUGUUAGUAAAACUGGCCGGUACAAAUCCAACAAAACCCCUAUGGUGUAUCAAUCCAAGUUGGUCUAUCCCUCUGCCGAUGAAGCAGCUGUUGAUUUCAAUGCAACGUGGCUUUCUACAAGAUUUUGCCUACAUCUUGGUGGGCAAAUCUCGUGAGCUUGCUGCCAAAAAGGAUUAUUCGGCGGCUAUCGCAUUGCUCACUUGUCUCAAAAGUGAAACCACGCGGCCAGAAUUAGCAAACAAUCCUCUGGUGCAAAAACUGGGUAAAAUGGCCGCCUGGGAAGGUCUUUUAAUUCAAAUUCAGCAGGUUUUGGACGAGUGGCCAAAAAAGCCAACCGACCAGGUACAAUUCAUUCGCAGUUGUAAACAAUGCCUCAAUGCAAGUUCCAGCAACGAUGUAGCGCCACGGGCAAACGUUCUUGAGCAUUGUGCUGCAAUUCUAUUGAACUUGAACGAUUGGAACAGUUUGUUGACCCCGGAUAAACGCUAUCCCGCCUUGGAAUUGAGUGCAGCCUUAUCACAAGCUUAUCUGGAUAUCGAAAAAUUCAAGGGUACGAAGAAAAACAGUCGCGAAGCGUGGGAUCAAAUCCUCCAAAUGUUCAUCAAUCAACCGGGUUCACGGCGGCAUCCAUCCGACAGUAGUAUCAUGUUGCAACAGUUUUUCUACAAACUGAGAGAUCCUGUGGUGAUAUCGAUUGUGCUUUCACUACUGGCUAGGCUGCAUAAUAUUUUGAAGGACGAAACCAACCUGGAUCUGAAUGCAGAGUACAUGUUUUUGUGGCCGACGAAUGUUAACAAUCCUGCAGUAUACAAUAUAAAGGUCCUGGACGAGACGCUGAACAAUUUGCUGCAACAAUCUCUCAAAUUUUACCCGAACAACAUUCCUUGGAUAAAGCUGAAAGGCGAUUUCGAGUUUGCAAACGGAAAUUUCGAGGUGGCGAUGCGGUACUAUGUAACUGCUCUGGUGUCAGGUUCGGAAUACUGCACGAUUCAUUUGCAACGUCCGUUGAUCGAUGAUUUCAUCAUACGGCGGAUGAUAAAGUGCAGCUCGAAUCUAGGCUGCUUCAUGCAAGCGGCUGUCUUGUGCCAGUUCUUGGAUGAAACCGACUACGGAUUGGCAUUCAAAAGUGUCAGCGAGAAAACAUCCAGCUUUUCCGAUGCCAUGGAUUCAUACUACAGCUGCAUUUGGGAUCCAACCAUGUUGGAAUUUAUCGUCAACUGGCACUUCAAGAAGGGCGAACAUAAACGAAGACUGCAAGCGAUAUCAUACCUGGGACAGCUUGAGCUCAAUGCUAACAAUAACGAAGAAAUCAAACGUGAAGCUGCUGCGAUAAGAAAGACUCGUUUCCUUCGCUCAUUGGCAAAACAAUAUAUGCUAUAAUAUUAUAAUUAAAAAGUCGUCCACAUCUAUAAUACCGUAUUAUGUUUAUUGAUGUAAAAGCAAACGCUUAAUGUAAUGAAUAAUAAAGGAGGUUCAAUAUA